ACACCAUGGGGCGUAGCUGAAGAUGGCGGUUCCAAAAAGAAAACUGGUUCUCAGGAUAUUAUAUGUUUUGAACGUUUGCUCCUUUGUGUUCUUUACAGGGAUACAAGGUGAUGUUCCUGAUGAUGUUGUCUAUACUGAGUUACACAAAGAUGUAAGAAUAGGAGACAGUGCAGUCUUGACAUGUCGGUUUAGAGGUUCACCAUUGGCUGUCUACUGGAAGAAAGGUGACGACCCAAGAAAUGCACCAAACCUCGUAUCAUGGAUUCCAUCUGAUGACGUCUUCGGAAAAUGUGAACGUCAAAGGCCAUGUGAGGUAAUGGAGAUGAAUGAGAAUCGGUCUUUGGUCAUCAAAGAAAUUAGUAUGGAAGAGCAAGGUCGAUACAUCUGCAGAGUUGCAAACUACAAGGGGUACCUCAUACACAACUUUACAGAUGUCAGGAUAUUCUUGGUUCCGCUGACUGUUCUUUUUGUGAUCGGGGCUCUUGGAGCUUUCAUUUGGUGGAAACGUACCAAUCGGGACACAAGCAACGGUACCAAGAAAGGUUCCUCAAUGUGUGGUACUCUGACUGUAGGAGAAAUCCCCGAAAGCGUUCCAAUGAUCAAGGAGCCAACGAUUGGUGGUAAGUUAAUUAAUGAAAUAUCGGACAUUGAAGAAAUACCCCAUAGUAAUCGUGAUGAAUAUGACCCUUUUAAAGUUCUUCAUGAACGUGAAAAUUAAAGCCAGUCAGGCCUCUUUUCAUUACUCAUGUAUUUUCCACGUACAUACACUGGGGCCCGUUUCAUAAAGAGUUAUCGUUGUUGUAACUUUGCAAUUAUGGUAACUACCAUGGCAAUAGGUCUCAGCAGCCAAUCACAAUCAAGGUUCAUAUUGAAUUUACAAUAAUCCAACAUUUACAAUAGAUAUAUCUCUUUAUGAAAGGCUCCGGUAUUCCCUCUGACUCAUUACGUCAUGUCACUCCGAGGAACUAACUUCCUUCAAGCCGUAUCUCUGACCUUUUCCUUUGUUGUUGACGACCAUUCAGCAUUCAGUCAUUAUCCUGGCCUCUUCGGGUAUGGAUAGUGGCAGUUUAUAAUCACUCGCGUCGCGUUCUGGUUCGUAAUCACUCGCGUUUUGAAUUUUUGGCUAUUUUUUUUAUUUCGGUGCGAUUUUUUUUAACGGUGUCUUCAAUGGGACAGACAUGCAGGGAAAUUUGAGUUUCGUUUUAAGCCGGCAAUUAAAGAAUAGAAAACAAGCUUGAUCCGCCCCAGACAGCUGGCAGCAGUCUGUUUCGAGGAGUUUUUUUCAAACAUUUUUAUUUUUUUUUUAAAUUUCUCUGUAUUUGGUGAGUGGAGCCAACGGAGUUCAGCGGAACAACCAACAUAAUAAUUAAUAGACACAAAGACCGAAGCUUUUGGUCAAGAUCCGCCCCUGUGGCUGUGCGCGCUCUCACGGUAAAAAUUCGCGCGACGAUCAAAGCCAAGGUACCGUACCGCGCCCGCGCCUUCCUGAAAACAGAAGUUGUCGGCUACGUCAUUUAUCCAGGCCCCUUAAACAACUCCAAGCACGAGGUAACUCAGAUUGAGUCAGAAAUAAUGGAUUGGAAAACAGAAGACAUGGCUUCAGGGAGUCACAGUAGGCUGGAUACAUAAACAUAAAUAAAACAUUGUGAUCAACAACAAAUAUACACUUGUAAAUACAUUACAAUACAAAUUACAAAACAGUGUAGAUUUCUUGUCCUUGAUAACCCCCAAAUUUUUUCAUAUUUUUCACCCUGCAACGUCCUGCAAGAUUAAUGAAAAUCUAUUUUACCAUUUUUAAAUUUUGUUCAGUGCACCAUCAUUAUAUAAAAAAAACUUAUAUCACACACACACACAAUUAUUUGUAUAAAGGAACAAUUUUGUUGGUCCCUCGGACUUCUUUAUAACCAGAGUGCACUUUACUCCCCCUCCUACUUCUCUUUCUUCUCAGUCUUCUUUUUAUUCCCAUUAUUAUGUCAUCUUAUUCUUCUCCCUGUUCUUCUACUUCUCAAUUUCUUCCCUUUCUCCUUAUUGUUCAUCUCCCUUCUCACUUCUUCCUUUUCUCUUCUCAGUCUUCCCCUUAUUUUAUCUUCUCUUUCUCUUCUUCUACAUCCUCCCCUCAAUUUUCUCUUUUUAGUUUCAUUUUUACCCCCUUAUGUCCUCCAUCUUCUUUUUUCUUCUUCUACUUCUCCUCCUCCUUCCUUCUUGCUUUUCUUCUUCAGCACUUUUUCCUCCCUGAUUUUUACGUUAGUGUAGAAUAAUUCACAAAGAAAGGGAGAAGCAAAUAAAUAGUGAUAUUAUGAAAUUCACAAAGAAUUGUAGCACCUCGCUAUGCUUUAUAAAGAAUACCACAGACUUCAGGAAAAUCCUCCAAAGGCAAAGCUAAAUCGAGAGUAGCCUUUCCUCCUUUUUCUUCUUUAUUCCUUUUCUCCUUUCUUUCUCCUUUUUUCCUUGCUUCUUUCUUUCUGUCUGUCUUUUUUUUUCUUUCUCUUUUCUCCCUCUUUCCCUUCCUUUCUCCCCCCUCUCUCUUUUUUUAGGGGGAGCCCCCCCCCCGCUUCCGCCGCCUAUGGCUCUAAGAUUUAAGAUGUGGAAUGUGAUUAUGUUAAAACAGUAGUCAAAAUUUGCUUGUUAUCUUAAAACAGUGGUCGAGAACGUUUUAUUUAAGGCACUUACCAGCUUAAAAUAAAACGAAACUCGAAUUUCAAUUUCAUUUUAUUUUUCCAGUACGUUUGUCCCAUUGAAGACACCGUUAGAAAAAAAAUCGCACCGAAAAAAAAAAAUUCGCCAAAAAUAAAAAACGCGUGUGAUUACCAACCCGACGCGAGUGAUUACGAACGCGAGUGAAUAUAAUAAGCCUGGAUAGUCCCCAUUUUCCCCUCCACUAAAAUUGAAAAAAAAAUGUGGAGAAGGUUUAUCAAGAAUUAUCUAACAUAUUUAGUAAGGAAAAGCUGGAUACUCAGCAAAAUAAGGCUUUAUUCCGUCAAAAUCUCGAGUGUGUGUAAUUCCGAAUGGCAUCGGAUUAUUCAGUCAGAAAAAUAGAUACCAAAUGAUCUUGGAGAGUAGACUAACGUAAUAUCGGUUGAUAACCAUUAUGAAACCCAUGACUUUCAACAAUUCCUGCUAGCUCAGUGAGUAAGGCGACAGACUGGAGAUGCCUCGUUCUGCAGCGAGAGCUUCGAAUCCAAGUUCCAACUGGAAGU